UUUAAUGAUUUAUCAUUCACAACAUUUGGGAAAACACUUGUGUAAGACCAAUUGUUAUUUUAAUUCAACUUUCUAUUUUGCUGAACUGUGAACUGUUGUACAAUCAGCUGAAUUGCACAGUCAUGGUGCCUGACUGUUCUCUCACAUGACUGUAUUUCUUGUAUGACAAUUGUUGACAUACUAUUUUUAGUCUUCUCAAUUCCCCAGUCCCCAAGUUAGGUAAUUUGGAUAAAUCAGGUUCGAGUCGAAUCAGAAUCAUAAGACCUAAAGGUAGUCUACAUCCGGAAACUUUUAUCUGUAACCAGAAAGGAGCGGUUACGUAAAUCUUUGUUUUCAACUGUGUCAACAUAUAUGAUAUUAUUCGCUGUUUGUUGAACAGACAGUGACAUUCGAGUGUACUGUAAAAGACAAAGAAUAGAAGUUAAAUAAUUAAAAUGGAUCGUUUACCAUCAGAGGUAAGUUUUUGUACAGAUUUGUCUAUAUUUGUAGGUCUAAAUACUCAAAGUAAAGUAAAUUACUUAAACUGAACAACUCAAAGCCAGUUUUAUUAAACAGGCUCAUGAGAAUCAGAAAAAAGUCUAGAGAAAUAUUUUUUUUUAAUAUUUAUUAUUUAGUUAGGUAAAAAAAUUAAUUAAGUUAAAGAAAGAAAUCGAAUCCUACUUAAAAAACUUAUGACAGCAUAGUCACUAUGUCACUGUGUGUUUUAACUGCUUGUGGGAUUAUUUUAAUUUAGCGUUUUAUUUUUUAAUGAUGAAAGACUGGUUGAACUUAAAUAAUAAAUAACAUAGUUUUUAACUUAUGACUUAUGGUGGAUAUAAUAUUGAGUUAAUAAAUAAUGUUUAUAAAUAUAAUAAAGGAUCUAAUGUUAACCAAUACAUGCUUUAAGUUUGAGACUAAGAGUACUAAGACUAAUUUAAUAUUUUUUUUAAAUUUAAUUAUUUUUUUAAAUAAACUACAUCACAUGUCUUUGGGGAGGGGGUUGGGGUGAGAGGAGCACACACUUUUGAGUAUCUGUGAUAAGUGUCUAAUUUGUGUUACAAAUUUUUGUUGUCGGGGGGGUGGUUUAAAAAUAAAUAGCAUGGACAUGGAUGGUCCCACAGAUCAAAAGCAUAUCAUGCUCUCUAUAUAACUCUUCAGCCUUCAGGAUCAAAGUUAACCCUAACAAAUUAUAUCACUGGUUUUACCAUGCUUUUAAAAAUUCAGUUUGUACUUUCACUAACAACUGAAAAAUAUUUAUGUUUCAGCUGAUCAGCCAUAUAAUGCGUUUCCUCAGCUUUUCGGAUAGAAAAGAAGCUUCUUUAGUUUGCACAACUUGGUACCAUGCUUCUCUUCAUCCAUAUCUACAAAAGAAUGUAAUUGUUAAAUGCAAACCACAGGAGAAAGGUACUCUGCCCGCUGGCCUACUUAGACGCAGGCUGACACAUAUUGAGUUUGGAGAUGGAGGUACCCAGACACUUUCUGAGGAGAAUCUUGUAUCUCUGUUGAAGGAGUGCCCAAGUUUAGUGGAAUUAGACCUCUCCCGUUGCAACCAUCUCUUUCUAUCGGGACGCCUCUUGGACAGAGACAGUGACAGAAUCAUGUUGCGUAAGUCACUGGCCAAUCUCCGAGAGCUGAAACUCGACUGUUUGCGCCACAUGACAGAUAUAACUUUCUUGAGACUUGUCUCAGUCACCGAAAAUCUGCAGAAAAUCUCUCUGGCCUCCACCAACAUGAUUUUCGGGAACCUUCUCUGCAGUGUCAACCAGAGCAGCCCGGUUAUGUUUCAGUUCUCAACAUUCUUGAAAUUUGUCACAGACAAUGUAGCAAAGCUGAAAAGCAUUGAUCUUAGCUACACCGCUGUGCACAAUGAUGCCCUGAAUGCCUUGGCCAGUAUUGAAGGGUUGAGUCUGGAGGAGAUAAGUCUCAGAAGCUGCAUGGAACUAUCUGACAAAGGAAUAAAAAUGCUGGUUUCCAAACAAAGAUCCUUGAAGGUUUUAAACAUCAGUGAAUGUAAAGAACUUGGAAAUAGCAAAGCCUUUUUCAGCACCCUGGCUAACAACCUCCCGUAUCUGCAAACCCUCCUCAUGAGGAAAUGUGUAAAGAUGGGUCAGUGUGAUAUUGAAUCCCUGGCUGACUUCAAAUCAUUAAGCACCAUUGAUCUUGGUGAGGUUCUCAAUCUGUUUGACAAAGACUUAAUUAAAGGCAUGUGCAGCAAAGGCCCACAACUGUUUGGUCUGUUUCUACCCUAUUGCCCGGAUAUACACGAUGAGUUCAUUUUCCAGUUGUGCAAGAGCAACUACCUGCUAACACACCUGGAUCUAAGCUCAUGCCUACAACUAACCGACAGUGCGCUGCAUGCCAUCACCAGGUCGUUAACCUUGCUUCGUACACUUCGACUUCCAUACUGCAGAGAAAUAUCUGAUCUUGGCAUCCUGGGAUACAUGCCAGAGAAUGGUGUAGUUCCAAGACAUACAUUUGACCAUGAUCAUGAUGGUUGCCCUUGCACCAGGGAGAGAGAGAGCAAAAUUUUCAGAAAACCAAAAGGCCUGAUUAAGGAACACAUAUCUUGUGUAUCAAAGGCUCAAGAUAGCUUAGCUAAAGGCGGAGAACUGUAUAUGCUGUCCAAUUUAGAAUAUCUGGAAACCCUUGAUCUUUCUUCAUGCACAAGAAUAACAGAUUUGGGCUUAUCUGAGGCAGUGAGGUUUAGAGAUCUUCGAAGCCUCUCCCUCAAUGGGCUUUCAAAGAUUGAUGACAGAGCCAUUGCCAUCAUAGCUCAUCAAAAUCCUAACCUUGAAGAGGUGAAUUUGCGAGCCACUAAGAUUACUGAUCUCUCUGUGGGGCAGCUGAUACGGCAGUGCCCUUGCCUCCGUGUCAUGGAUUUGUCCCAGUGUGAGGGUCUGAGUGAUGUUUGUCUGGAGACCAUCGCAUACAAAGGCAAGCGACUCCGCCAGUUGGAUGUAUCAUAUACCAACUUGUCUGUGCAGGCAGUGUCCAUGUUAGAGUCAAGAGUCCCAUACCUUAAAGUUGUGUCUAGACCACACCUCUAUUAAAUAAGCCAUUGUUUGGUUGUAAACAGUUCAUUGAGAUGCAAGUGUAAAUAACUUUGCUUUACUGAAUAAUGUGGGUAAAUUUUUUCUUUGAUAAAUCAAGUUCAUUUCAAAAUUUAACCCAUCAUAAACCUGUAAUCCAUAUAUACUGUCCACCACAUUUAAUACAAGUUUUUAUUUUUAGUAUCAAAAUUCUUUAAGAUAAUUUUACAUUAUAAAAUUUUAGUUUACUAUUACAUUUGACAUUUAUUAUCUGAUAAUUCUCUCAUUUAAUAUGUUUCAUUUGUUCUGGGCAUAAAAACAUUUUUCAUAUACUAUAUACUGGUACAUAUGUGUAAAUUAUUUUUUUAUUCUUUAUAAUUUAAGCAAUAGUAAUUUUAGCCAUUUUAGAAAGAUGGCUCAAUACUUUAUCCAGAUAACAUAUUUGUCUGGUACAACACUGGUAUCACUGUUUAUAUUUUAUGCACUAUUAUUUAAUUUGUUUUAUAUUUUAGACAUCAACUUUGAUUAAUUCUUAUUCAUGGUCUUAAUGUUAUAUAUUUUUUUCAUUAUAAAAAUGGGAAUUGUGAAUUGUUAGGAUU